AUGUAUAGAGCAGGCGGUCGAUCUAUUGUAUGGCAGCCUCUCGUUAGGCUAGCUGCAUCUAGAGCUUCGAUAAGAAUGGCCAGGGCUCCUUUACUCCCACUUUGCAAACUUGCAAAAACAAAUGGACUAGCUGUACAAACGAAUACAAGGACUGCUUUAAUAUCUGGGAAUGCAUCAUCUAGUAUACCGUCCAUACCUUCAGCCAUCCCACAAUUACCAGUAACAGCAACACAAUCAUCGACAUCACCACCACAAUCGUCUACAUCACCCCAGUUAAGAUGGAAGGAAAUCCCUGAAUUCUCGGCAUCUCUCUACCAGGACUUGUCAAAAGCAAAACUAUCCGCAUUCAUAGUCUUAUCCACAAUGUGUGGUUAUGCAAUGGCACCAGGAGCUACCAUCCUCUCAGGUCUGCUAUGGACGACGCUAGGAACCACAUUAUGUGUCUCUUCCGCAAACUCUAUAAAUCAGUGGAUAGAAGCUCCGUAUGAUGCCCAAAUGUCCAGAACUAGGAAUAGACCACUUGUAAGACACGCCCUCUCUCCACUACAUGCCUUCUCCUUUGGAAUGGCUACUGGCCUCUCGGGAGUCACCAUCCUCUACUCCAUGGUCAAUCCACUGACCGCUCUAUUAGGUGGCCUCAACAUCAUAUUGUAUACAUGUGUCUACACACCACUAAAACGAACCUCAAUAUCAAACACUUGGGCUGGUGCAAUAGUAGGUGGCAUCCCUCCCAUGAUGGGAUGGGCGGCUUGUACAGGGACACUGGAUCCAGGCGCAUGGGUACUAGCCGCUGUAUUAUAUGCAUGGCAGUUCCCUCACUUUAAUGCCUUGUCGUGGAAUCUCAGGGCUGACUACUCUAAAGCAGGCUAUAGAAUGACUUCAGUAAUCAAUCCAGACUUGAAUGCCCGAGUAGCUCUAAGAUAUUCAUUGCUACUCUUCCCACUGGCUUAUUUAGCUCCUGCAAUAGGUAUGACCACAUGGUGGUUUGCCAUAGACUCGACUCUUGUCAAUGCCAUGAUGGCUGUAGCUGCACUUAGGUUCUGGAAGCACUCUUCCGACAAGACUGCUAGAGAGUUAUUCUUUGGUAGUCUUGUUCAUUUACCAGUCUUUUUGGCUUUACUGCUGCUACACAAACAGAGCUCUGAAGCAAAGGAAUCCUCAGAUAACGCUAUAAAAGAGUCUCAGUCACCCAACUCAACUAAGGCCAUAGCAUAA